UUUGUACCUUGUUUGCCAUUAUUUGUGGACGUCAAAUAAAUGAAAUAUGGAGGACAGCAAAGCGGCCAUUUGCCCGUUACCCGAUUGUCAGACCGUGGUGGAGCACACCCACUUGCUGCGCCACAUGAUCUCCAAGCAUUUGGAUCCGCGGGCGCGAACUUUGCCCUUUCAACUGCGCCUGCGCGAAGUGUCGACAGGUCAGCGCACCCUGCUGAUGCUCCCCUAUCGCCAGCUGAUCCUGGACCACGAUCAAUGCUUGGCCGUGCUGAACUGGAGCUCCGAGUGCCUUACUCGGAGCGACCUUACGGCACCGCAGUUGGACCUGCCGCCCUGCCAUCAAGGAUUGACCAAUCACCUGCCCAUUUUGGUGAUGGUCUGCAGGACCACAUGGAAGUCCCUUUUGAAGCAGAUCGAUGAAAAGGACGUGCAAGAAACCAGGGACGUAAGCGCGGAAUGGGGCGUUGUUUAUCUGUUUUGGCUCCUAUCACCUUUUACGCGGCGUCCCAUUUAUGCAAAUCUAGCCCUACAGAAUGGCCCGUUGCAGAGCGUUUUUCGGCGGAAUCGCCGGCGUAUCCGCAACUUUGCCAGCCGGAUGCCGAUUAGACAGUUCAUAAACGGGCUAGAUCCAUACUUUGUCAGCCUCAACGAGGAUCAGCUCGACGAGCUGUGUGGCAAUGGCGGUGGCAACCAGUACUCCGUCUACUUGGAGGUUAUAAUCGAGGGCGUGAUGCCAUAGACUUAACUUAACCCUAUAAAUACCAUUCUUAAUUCUAUUAUUAUGUACACAAUUGGGCAUGCGAACAUUAUAGAAACAAAA